CGCGCCGCGCCGCGCGACACCGAAGUCCGAACCGCGCGGCCGCCGCUUCGUAGCGGUUGGGCAGCUGCGAGUACGCCGAGGGUUUGUGACGCCGUACAUCGCGACUGCUGCUCCCAUCUCGUGACCUUAUCGCUUGCAAAUUCACAUGACUUGAUGCCUGUCUCCUGUCAAACACCACGUGCGGUACCAGCGGCGCAGUCGUGUGUUUUGUUUUUUGCUGUCCAGUGCUUAAGUGUUGCCUACCUGACGCUAACAACAGGUAUGUGACUGUCAUCGAGAUGCUGCCUGCCAGAACAGCGAAGGAGCCUAUUUCUUCGAACUGCAGUAUUUCCAACAGCAACUAGAUAAGCAAGUCAUUUUCAGUAUCUACUACAAGCUCCUAAUAAUUUUAGUCAUUUCGGAAGUGGACCACUACAAUUGAUGUAUCAGACUUGAAGAAACGUAAUUUUUUUUUCAUCUACAGCACAAAAUACUGAUUCUACAUUUGAAAAGGGCAGAAAUAUCGAAAACAACACAAACAACUUGAAAUGUUGAUUCGUCAAUGGCAUCUGUCUGUUCGCCUCUUAUGACAACGUUUUCCCUCUUGUUGACCAUAUUCUCACGCCCAGCCACCUCAAUGUAAAGCGCCUUAUCUGCAGUGUCUGCCUAGUGAAACACCGUUUCCUCCUGAGCUAAGUGUCCAUAGUUCCUGUUAUACCAUUUGAUUAACCUAAAUUCUUUAAGUUUAUCAAACGAGUAAUAUUUCCCAAAAUCCAAAUCAUUACCAGUGGAAGUGUGAAUUCACGUAGUGGAAGAAAAUGUGAUAUUACUCUGUUGGUUUCUGAAAGACGCUUAUGAAUAAUUAUGUAUAAAUGCUGUGCAUAUAAAUAUUGAAAAUUUCGUCCGUGGUCAAGUGUUUUUGUGUACAGUGCCAUCAAAUGAAGACAUCUAUUGCUGCAGUUCUGCUCAGUUACGCUGGCGCUUUCCGUUAGCAGAUUACUGAACCACAUACCACAACGAUUACUCAUCUCUUCAUCAACGAAGUAUCGUCCGUCAAAGCAUUCAUCCGCCAUCUCCGGUUUCCAAGACAACAACAAAAGGCGUAUCUGCGUCUGCCUCGCCGCUGGGAGAACUCAUUCUUCUGGCCAGCCGUAGCGGCCGGCUCUCCGCUGAUAAACUUGCCGAAACAUUUCCAGGCGGAGCGCCGUGUGAUGCCGGGCGUGGGCGCGCACGAUGGCGCCCCCUGCUAGCUCCAGCCCCAGCGCAGCCGCCCCCAGCCUCUGCCUCCGCCCCCGCCUCCAACCCCGCAGCCGCGACCGCCCCCGCAGCUGGCCGCGGCGGCCUCCGCUAGCAGCCGACAUGCUCCAUGAUGGAGAGGAAGCGCUCCAGCCGCCGCUACCGCUACCGCCCGCGCAAGAGCUGGGCCGAGCGCUGCAAGGACUACCUGCGACACUUCCUCGCCUUCAUGUUCAGCAAUGUCGGCAUCAUUGGCCUGGUGGUGGGCUACACGAUCGCGGGCGCGUUCAUGUUCAUGGCGAUCGAGGGCUCGGAGCCGGGCUGGCCGGCGCACGAGGCGGAGCGCAUGCGCAGCGAGACGGCGGCGCGCCUGUGGCGGCUCACCGAGCAGCUCAACCCCAUCCCGGGGCGCGCGCGCUGGGCCGAGGCCGUGGCGCCCGAGCUGGCGCGCUACCAGCGAGACGUGGUGCGCCUCGUGCGCGACGGCUUCGACGGCAGCAGCGCGCGCCCGCGCUCGCAGUGGACCUUCUCGGGCGCCUUCCUCUACUCGCUCACCGUCAUCACCACUAUCGGUUACGGCAACGUGACGCCCAAGACUGAGUGGGGGAAGCUGGCGACGAUCGUGUACGCCAUCGUGGGCAUGCCGCUGUUCCUGCUCUACCUGUCCAACAUCGGCGACAUCCUGGCGCGUAGCUUCAAGUGGACCUUCGCGCGCCUCUGCCUGUGCCGCGGCUGCGCCCGCCGCCGCCGCCUCCCACCGCCACCGCCACCGCCCCCCUGGCAGAGGUCGUCAUCGGCUCCAGCGUCCUUCCAGGAGUUCCAGAUGGAGCGCCGGGCGCCCCCGAUGCGCCGUUCGUUGGGCCAGCGACCCCUGGGAACGGGGGCGGAAGUGGGGGUGGGCGUGGGCGGCCUGCGCGAACUCGACGGCGGCGGCGGCGCCUUCUCGGAAGACGGCGUCGUCUCCGACCCGGAGGCCGACGAGGACCUCGACGACUCCGCUGACGAGGACUCCACCAGCAGCACGUCCAGCUACGACCCGCAGUCCGUCACCGUGCCCGUCACCCUCUGCCUGGCCAUCAUGGUGGGGUACGUGUGCGGGGGCGCCUUCCUGUUCUCGGAGUGGGAGUCGUGGGACUUCCUGGACGGCUCGUACUUCUGCUUCAUCAGCCUGAGCACCAUCGGCUUCGGCGACAUCGUGCCCGGCGACAAGAUCUACAGCGAGGGCAUCGAGCUGAGCUUCAUCUUCUGCAGCAUGUACCUGAUGCUCGGCAUGGCGCUCAUCGCCAUGUGCUUCAACCUCAUGCAGGAGGAGGUCGUUCACAAGAUCCGCUCGUGCGCGCGCUCCGUGCGCAACUGCUUCGGCUGCCGGUGACACAGGUAGAAGAGCCACAACGAGACCGCCAAAACGCAGAGUCCCGCCCUUUGGCGGCAGCGUCGCUGCGAUUUCCGGCUUCGUCCAAAGAGGCAGUGCGCCGGGAGAAUGCCCCUGGCCAGCGGCGGCGGAGGAGGCGCCGCGCGACUUCAAACGGCCGGCCGGCUGCCGAGUUUUGUGUGCGCCUCGUGCUGCCGGCUUUGUGCAGUCGCGAUUGCUGCAGAUUAAGGUGCGGCGGGCGGGCGGCCGCACAGACGUGCAAAUUGCUUCCCGCCCGCGCUGUCCGCGCCAAAAUUGUCCCGCGUCGGCGAGACACACGGCAGCGGCAGCAGCGGGGGCGGAAACGGCGGCUAAUGAAGGCGUGUAAAUUGCGAACCGAGCAAAAGAGGCAGAAGAAGGAGACGGCGCCGAGAAACUUCUGUGGGGGAAGGAUAGUGGCGCCGGACUUAAUUCCCCCUUGCUUUUUCCUCGCUAGGUCCAAUGGCGUGAUUCCCAAGAUGAACAUUCAUUUUGUGUGUGUGUGUGUGUGUGUGUGUGUGUGUGUGUGUAUGUGUGUGUGUGUGUGUGUUGGUGCGAGGGGUGUAAGAGGGUGCCCAGGCGAGACAAGAAUAUUAGCCGCGAUUUGCUAGUCGGAACUGUAGGUGAGAAAUAAAUAUUGAAAAAUCGCAAGCCACCGGUUCUGUUGGGAUGCAAAGUGGAUUCCGGGGGCGUUGAUUGCCCAGGUGCGCGCAUUGUACACGUUUCGGAAUGAGGAUGCAUUAUUAAGAGCGCCGCCUAGCCGAGAUCGCGAGGCACCUGUUCGGCUGGGAGCAGGUCCGCGCGCGGCCGGUCCCAGACGCCUGUGUCAGCUUUUACGCCUGCCACCAGAGCGGCUGGGAAUUUCGCAAUCUGUACAGAUUUUCGCCUGCUGCUCUCCAGUCUCUCUGAGGAAUAAACGCAGACACGCACACAGCCUCCCCCCCCCCC